AUGCUGGGCCUGACGUUGCUGGUGGCGGCCUUGUGGCUGUGUCCUGGGGCCAGAGCCAGCUCGCUGUGCCGGUACUAUACAGUGAGGACAGGAACGAUAUUUGACAGCAGCAAUCAAAUCUAUGGGGACCUGCUGUAUUAUGCCUCUUCCACGCCACGCUUGAUAAGGCACCCGUGUGAUAACAAUAUAGCCGUGUAUUUAGGAACGCAAGUCUUUUUCUCGAAAAAUAACUUUGAAAGCAGUUUGGUUCCACUCUUUAUCCCACCUAAAUUUCAGGUCAGCAAGCCAGAAGUCACCAUGGCCCACUUUACCGCCACCGUUUUGGUUUUGGUCGUGGACCAUAAAGUCUACCUUUAUGAGUACAACUUCAAGGCCUGGUUUCAAGGGGAAGGCAUCAAAGGUUCUGUGACCCAUGUGUCCGGUGACAAUUGUUGCUACAGUUCCCAUCCCGUCUGCUUGUACGUAAGUGAGACUGUGUUUGCUUACACCUAUGGAGAAAAGGUGUCUCAAACCACCAUCUAUGUCUCCAAAUCCGGAGGUUAUGAGUUUCGUGUGUACAACUUUCCGAGACAGAAGGAGCUUGUCGGGAUGCUGGGAGGGAUCUUCAACUUCUACACCUUGUCGCAGGUGGGACUGCUUCUUUUCCACAACAAGACAGCCAUGUUCAGCUAUUCUGAGCACCCCCUGAACCGAAGUUUUGGGCACACCUUUAGCUACGAGAAUAUGCCUGAGGUGGUCAUACCCCCAGGCCAGAAAGGCAUCCUUCUCUUCUGGAGCAACCAGAGUCUGUUUAUUUCCCGAAACUCAGGUCAACUGGUGAUGCCUAUUUACCUGAAGGAGAGUCACAAUGCACCCCAUUACUCUGUCUCAGAACUCAACCUAGCCCUUCACAACUUGGCUGCUAAUGACAAUGAAAUAGCAGUUUUAACUGUUCAGAAGAACAUUUUCUAUGGUUACAUGGGAAUCCUGUCCAGUAACCUAUUAAAAUUCCCAGACCCAGUCAUAUGGUCAUCCCAGACAGUCCUAAGUUUCACGGAUGUGGGAAAACUGGAAAUCCUGACACCCAUUGAAGACUUGAAUUUCUCUGUCUUCAAUUUCGAGAAGUGUCUGAUAAGUGUGCAAGCCAUUCUUAUGGACCCCAAACUCGGAGUGGAGACCUGCAAAGUAGAACUUCUGGAAGGAGAAUUUGCAAAUGAAGUAUUCAUCAUUGACAUGAACAGCAAGUUGGAACUGAUGGCCACCAUUAUCCCUCGGCCACACAUGUCCCUGAUGCCUCUGGUGUUGGUGAGUAACCCCCAUUCCUUGGGGCUGGAAACCAGGAUGUUUGAGGACAGUUACACAACAUACAGGGAUAGCAAGUUUAAGCUGUACAUUUCCCUUCAGCAGCAGCAUCACUCAGGCCGGACAGACCCCAACUUCACUUCCUGGAUCAAGAGGGAGACUGCGUCCACCAUCACUGUGGACAUCGCCAACAAGGAAAUUUCUUGUGUGAAUAUUCACCCUCUGACAGCCCUUGUCACCAUCGGUUGCAACGUGGACAAAAAGAUCAUUAUUCACAAGGACAUCACUUCUUGUAACAAGGGCUUCCUGGACCACGUAGACCUCCAGAACAACUUUAGUUACACCCUGGAAAAGGACAUCUACAGCCCCAACCCCUUGGGGGUGGACCUGGAAGUCAACUACAAUUACCCGAUGCUCGGCUGCCCCCUGCUGGUCUAUUAUGACACUCCCUGGAAGCCUGUUCUGCAGCUGUGGGAAGGAGAAGAAUUUCAGGAGAUCAUCGAGGCUGAGUAUGUGUUGAAGGAAGUGAACGGACUCUUCACGUAUUCUUAUUCUCUGACUGCCGAGACUGCUCACUGCACCUCUCAGCCGCAGAACUGGAGUUCUUUGUCCAAAAGCAAGUGGGGUCGACAGAAUUACCAGAGCUGUCAUGACUCCAACAACCUCAACCCCUUAUUGUGGCCUGAAGUCCGGUAUGAAAUCUUGGGCGGCCGCACCGACAACAAGUUGGUGUUCGAGCAAAGGAACGGGAUUUAUAUCUUUUCUCUCUCCGUGGUGGAUCCCUACUACAGCUACUGCCAGCUGGAAACCCUGUUCAGCAUUUAUGUGUACGGCGCGGUGCCGCCCACCGCCGACCAACUGGACAUCCCCAUCAUCGUGGGUAUGUUCGCACUGUUGCUGUCCCUGUGGGUCGCCUACAUCAUCUCGAUUCUGAGCCCCAGGGCGCUGCUCAGGGCACUGCUCAGGAGGUGGCGAGCACGGGGUUCCCCUCUCCAGCGCCUUCCUGGCUGCCCAUGA